AUGCGGCGGCGGCGGCGGCGUCGGGGGCUCCGCGGCUCUCGGGACCGUCGCAGCGCUAGGAGCAGCGGCAGCGAUGUCGGCGGCUGUAGGGACGGCGCUCGUUGUCGCCGAGGGCGGCGCGGAGCGGCGGCGGCGGUGGCGGCGGCGCGCGGCGGCGGCGGCGGCGGCGGCGGCGGCGGGGGACCCACAGAGACCGGCGGCGGGGCUUGGGGCAGACGAGGGAUGUCGCAGGGGAAGUACUAUGGGCUCAAGCAGGGGGACGCCGGGGCCGGGGAGACAGUCCAGGGAGAGGAUGACAAGUUCUUCGACCCUGACUACGAGUACCUCAUGGUGGUAGGGGGUAGCUCCAACAAGCAGCUCGCCAACGAGAUCGCGGAGGAGAUGGGGCUCAAGUGCGGCGCGGUGACGCUCGGGCGGUAUGCGGACGGCGAGGUCAUGGUUCAGCUGGAUGAACACGUGCGAGGGAAAGACGUGUACAUCGUCCAGAGCGGGCAGAAGCCGGUGAACGACAACCUGAUCGAGCUGCUGCUGAUGGUGUCCACGAUGCAGAGAGCUUCCGCGAAGAGGGUCACCGCCGUCAUCCCGUUGAGUGUACCCGCCGCCGAUGUCGGGCGAUUGCUGGAGGUGAUGGGCGUAGACCGCGUGAUCGCGGUGGACCUAGAGAGGCCCGGCACCGGUUCGGGCGGCGCAUUCCUCGGCCCCGGUAUCCCCGUCGAGACGCUGCUGACGACCAACAUCUUCCCGAGCUCCGGGCUGGUGAAGAAAGCCAUCCAGUUCAAGAGAAAACUGCGAGAGUACGUGGACGACGUUAGGGUGCAGACCUUCCUGCACGCAAGGCCCAACUCUGGGCCAGUCGACGUCUCCUCCAACGAGUUGAUGGGCAACAUCGGCGAGGUCAAGGGCCGCGAUGUGGUGAUCGUGGACGAGCUGAUCGACACGGGGGGCACGCUCGGGGCGCUCCCGCGCAGGCUCAAGAAGGCCGGCGCCAUGAACAUCUACGUCUGCUCGUCGCACGGGCUGUUCAACGCCAACGCCGUGGCCAUCCUGGAAGAGUCCCCCGUCGACACGGUGUUCGUGACCAACUCGGUCCCUCUGCCCGAGGGCUGCAAGUCCAAGAAAAUCGAGCAGUUGCACAUCGGGCGGUACCUGGCUCGGAUGAUCUUCGCCGAGCACGUGCGGUCCGCAGACCUGUUCAAGGAGGACGACAUCGUGUUCGAAUAACCAAAUCGGGGGAGUUUUGUUUUUUUUGUGAGACUCGGAUCUGAUAAAUAGGCUUCGAAAGCACAGCGGCAGUAACGGGUUAGUCGACCCCUGAGAUUGCGACGGGAGCGGAGACCACACCGGAUCGGCGGCUCGAAGCAGUGAGGAUUCUUCGACUGGAUCGAUUGACCGGUUUGGAUCAAGGGGAGAAUGAGACAGAAGGGUGCAACGCCAACGAGAAUGGAAUACGAGAACCAGAACAAAGUCGGGGAGCGGGGAAUCGAGGGGAGAAUGGGGCAACGCCAACGGGAACGGAAUGCGAGAACGAGAGCGAAUGUCGAGAACGAAUUUCGAGAACCAGAACGGAGAGCGGGGUAUUGCGGGACAACGCAGGGAAGAGAUCAGACACAAGAGCGGCUUUGAAGGGGGAGAAGGGUGGACGACGCACCAAGUUGGGGCCGUCGAAAUCGCCAAAUAUGUGACAUGGGCAACGAAUAACACGAUAUGUCAAAUAACACGGAACGUUUUUGCUGCGUGUAUCCGUGCGAUCUUGUCUACGAGUAGUGCGUUUUAUUGCAGUAGUGUUUUGUGUCCGGUGUACAGGCGGAGGAGGGGGGCGGGAGCUGAAGAACACAACUGAAAGGGAGAACAAUCAUUUUUUUUACUUGGAUCAACCGAGAAACCAGGGUAAUCUCUGCAGAAGGGAAGCUGUGGGGCA